AUCGACCCAUUGGAAUUGUUGAUGUGUAAUUCAAAUUUGUUCACAUCCGUGAAGACCUUGCAAGGCCCGCAUCGACACCAAUUGGUCAUACUGAUCUCUGGUCAUGAGCUUCCAUCCUAGACCAGACUCAGUUUGUAUGCAGAGGCAUCAUUGCGGGGGGAUGACUUACAGACUUGGCGAGUUCACGUAUUCGCCGACAUCAAUCACAGCAUCAAUACCAUGGAACUCACAAACAUUUGUUGUAGUUCUUUUCAUUAUAUUCACUUCGUUGUGGUCGUUGUUGACUCACUUUCCCAUGCAGUCAUUAGGUAUCUUUCAUCCUCUGUUCUGUUCUCUCAUUCCCUCUCAGAUAUCAAGACUUUUGCUUCUAGUUGCCCUGUCCAACAUCCCCGCCCUGCUUGAUGCCCUGGCUCUGGCCUCCGCUGGCGGGAGCGUCCUGGAGACCUUGGCCAUGCUCGUCCUUGCCCUCGGGGAGGCCAGCGGUCUUGUCAGCGCGGUCGACACGGUCAGACUGGAGUGAACUCACGUCGGGCUUGCCAACACCGUGGGCGAUGUUGUGGUCGGCAGCCUCAAAAGGGCCGUUGUCAGAAGAACCGUCUCCGUUGCGAGGCAUUGUGAUGUCUGGUGGUGUUGAAGUGCUUGAGGUGUCUUUGAGGUUGGGCUGUGGUUGAUGCUUGAGGAUGAAGAAGGCGAACAUCUGUUGAGUGCAGAGAAGUUUAUUUAUAUUCCAUCGUGUUGGGACCCCGCUGUAGGCAGUCAACAGUGAUUCAGCAUCGUGAUGUGUGAUGCAUCGACGACGUCAUUCCGAGUAACGUCAUCUCGAUGGAUGCAAUGGAUGCUUUUCUGCCCCUCGCUCUCCGCAGCCGCAAACACGCCGUCUGUGGGGAACAAACGCCAGCCAGCCUACAUACCUA